GAUGGAUCUAUAGCAGGAUACUUCUGUUUCUCCACCAAAGUUUGAAACAAAAACAUGGAAUUUUAGGUUGUAGAGAUUAUUGGAUGUGUACUUUUUUCGUUUUCAUUGAUUAUUCUGUGAAUCAUCACUUGAUUGAAAUUUUCGGAAUAUUUUGACCUUGGAAUAGUGUGGCACUUGUCUGGAGACAUUGUGAACAGGAUUUUAUUGAGCUCUUCAUGUUGAAGGAUUUUAUUUUAUAACACUUUAAAAGAAAGAAAAGAAUAAUUACUGUUUAAGUGGUGUGUUUUGUGAGUAGCAGAGCACAGGGAUGAGUGGGGCUCCUCAAAUGAAUGGGCCCUCCAGCCCCACAGGAAAAUACAUAGACACAAUAGAUCCAGAUGAUCCCGAGUACCAGAAGUAUUUACGACGUCCCGCUGAAGUGAAAGAGGACAUCAGACAGAUGUCGGACAGAAGUCGAGUUUCGCUGAUCCUCAAUAGUGAGGCAUUUCGCAGAGAACUAGAGGAGAUCGUUGAUGAACAGUUACGACAAGGGAACGCGCCUGCCAGUCUGCUGGCGCUACAACAGAUCUCAAACCUUUUACUGCCUAACCAUAAGUUCUCUCAGGGUGUUCUUGGAUCAGGAACAACCCCAGUAAUUCCAGUGUCAGACAUUAAGGGUACGGAGGCGAUGAGUUACACGAAGCAGGAGAAAGCGCUACGAUGUAAACUUGCCUCCUGUUACAGAUUGGUAGACAAUAAUGGAUGGACACAUAGCAUUUAUAAUCACAUCACAGCCAGAAUUAGUCAAGACCAAGAACAUUUUCUAAUUAACCCAUUUGGUAUGAACUACUCAGAAAUAACAGCAUCAUCGCUGGUGAAGGUUGACAUACGAGGAGAGGUGCUAGACCCCGGAUCGACGACGCUCGGGAUUAAUCAAGCAGGAUUUAAUCUUCACUCGGCAAUACAUCAGUUUCGCCCAGACAUUAAAUGCAUCAUACAUCUUCAUUUACCGUCAGUAGUAGCUGUAUCUGGUAUGAAGUGUGGAUUUUUGCCGCUGUCACAAGAGUCAUUGAUCUGUGGGGAAGUCAGUUACCAUGACUACAAUGGUAUUUUGGUGGACCCAUCAGAACGUGAGACUCUACAGAGAAAUCUAGGACCAAUUAACAAAGUGAUGGUAUUGCGUAACCAUGGUAUUGUAGCAUGUGGAUCUUCGAUAGAAGAGGCGUACCAUUAUGCUUUCAAUGUAGUCAAUGCUUGCAAUUCACAGAUUCAAGCAAUACCCGCAGGUGUAGAUAACUUAAUACUUGUAAGUCAAGAAAUCAAGCAGAAAACAUUCACUACAGCAAACCAGGGUGGUGGGGGAGUAGACUCGUCAGGAAAGAAAUGGAAGAUAGGAGAGUUGGAGUUCGAGGCUCAGAUGAGACUGAUGGACAAUGCUGGUUAUAGAACGGGUUAUUCAUACAAACACCCUAACAUAAAACGCGAGUCAAGAAGAGAAAGGUCAAAUGCCGAAGUUGAAGUUCCACCAGCAUCUAGUUCAUUCACAUACGUAUUUGACGGCGACGUUGAACAUUCUAAAUAUAUGUCACCUAUUAAAGCAGCAAUGGAGAGACAGAAACAGCAACAUAAAGUCGGCUGGUUAAAUUCACCAAAUGUUUACGUUAAACAGGAAAUGGAUGAAAUAGGAACACAAAAUCCUAAGAAAAUAACAAAGAUGGGAAUAGCGAAGUGGGUCAAGGACGAGGCGGAAGAUGGUUCACCAAAGAGAACUAGUACACCAAUUAAAGUUGAAAACCCUAACCAAUUUGCACCACAAGGCUCCGACCCCAAGGAAUUUAAACAGAAACAAAAACAAAUAAAGAAAGAUUAUUACGAGGAGAGGAUUAAUGCUGGACCCCAGUCUAAAAUUCUGGAAGGAAUGACGUGGGAAGAGGCUGAAAAAAUGAAGCAAGCAGAGGCGAACGGCCAUGAUGGAAGCCUGAGUGCUACAGGAGACAGUGUUAUAGUGAUAGGAGCAGCUUCCAAGGGUAUUAUACAGAGAGACCAGCAACAUAAUGUACAGGUUUAUCAUUCACAAUAUGCAGCCAAUCCAUUUGAGACAAUGUCAGAAGAUGAGAUAGAGAGAUACAAAUGGGAAGUUGAACACAGAGAACAGGAUGGUUUAGCCACUGUACAUGAAGAGCAGCUUGAGCCAGGUCCAGAGGGCAAGCUUAUCUCAACAGAAGAGAGGCUCCAGCAAAUACAGCAAAAGGUAGAAGAAUCUGCUCCAACUGUGGAAGUCAGUGAAGAAGGCCACGGAGAAGGAUACAGAGUUAAUGCAAAGAGCAACAAACGUAAUACCCGUGGUUCGGUGGCAUCUAACAGCGAUGCCUCGUCAGCAGCCUCACCUCCAACUUCUCCCACAUCGCCAACAGCCCAAGUGGUUCGCAGGGCGAAACGACCAACGCAAAAUCGACCAAACAGAAAUUCAAGGGAAACAAAUGUGGAUGAAAUUCUUGCAUAUUCGGACAAAAAAUCUGAACAUAGGAAAUCACGAGAAACUUGUAUAGACGAUAUUAUAGCAGAACACGAUUUAUCUGGCGAUUCGAACAUUGACGAUAUAUUACCAGAUCGUAGAUAUUCUCGCAUUUCAAACGUGGAUAGUAUAGAUGAUCGUCAAUCAAAUAUAUCAACUGAAGCCACCAGCCCAGCUGCCGCUCAGUCCAACUUCCAGAGGUCCGAGUCAGCUAGGUAUCCACCCAAAAGUCCAGAACUUAUAGACGAGUUGAAGGCCAAGAACUUUGACAGAUCUAAGUCAGAGCGAAAAGCUAAGAAUAAAAAAGAGAAGGCGAUGAAUGGGGACGAUGAUCAGAUGAGAUCACCGGCCAAGUCAGACACGCUCCGGUCAACUGAUAGCGCUAGCGGUGGAGAAACUCUGGAGGAACGUAGCAGUAAAGAGGGUUCACCAACCAAGGAGCACCCAUCACCAACAAAGGAAAAGAAGAAGAAGAAGAAAUUUAGAAUGCCAUCUUUUUCAAAAACUAAGAAAAAUAAGGAAAGUAAAGAAAGUUCAAUUUGAGUUUAAACUUGUAUAAUCCAGUGCAUAAUGCAGACAACUUAAUAAAGUCGUGAUAGUGAACAUUUAUAUUGUAUAUCUCAUCAAUGAUUGGACAGUCACAGGGUCAGAGGUCAAGAUUCACCAAGAUGAUUGGUCAGCUGCUUCAGACCAAGAAGUCAGAGUUGAAAGGUGAAACCAUGGAAUGAAUUGUCAUGGAGACAGCCAGUCAGAAUUGUUACACAGUCAUUUGGCGAUUUCUCUAGAAUAGAUGUAAUUUCAGAAAAAAAAUAGCGACUGUGGAUUAUGAAUAAAUACAUUGCACCCUGAAAAAAUAUUCCAAAUUGUUUAAAAUAGUCGUCUUGAAAGGUGAUCAGGAGAAAGUGAAACUUUUACCCAGCAUUUUUAAAAUUUGAAAGGAUGCAAAGAUAAUUGACCUUUAAAUAGCUGACUGUUCAAUAAGAUAAUACGUGACUCGUUCAAUUUUUUUUUAAUUUUUGGUAAUUUUUGGGGAUUUCGGACUAUAGCAUGCAAUAGAAGCCUUAAUGUAGGAUUUUUCCUCCUUUUUUUUAUUUUGCUUGCCUACUUGUUCAAUUUAUUUUUACUAUUUUAUCAUCAAGACCAUUUGUGUAAAUUCAUCUAUAUAUCAUAGUUAUGGUAAUUUUAUGUUUAGUUCAUUUGCAUAAUGGAUCUUCCAGGUUGCUUGUAGGCUUAUCAUAACAGUAGAAAUUAUAGAGUAAUGUGCAAUACUGCUCUAUCUGACUGGUAGACUGUGUCUGAUUGUGGUAGACUAUGUCUGAUUGUGGUAGACUGUGUCUGAUUGUGUGGCAGACUGUGUAUGUUGUAGGCUAUCUGACCAUGUCAGACUGUAUAUGAUUGUAACACUAUGUCUGGUCACACAGUCUGAUUCUGGUAGACUUACCUGACUGCAGCAGAUAGAGCAGUUUAGCACCAGUUCUUGAAAUAUUUGUGACUGUAUGGACUUUUUGUAUGCACAUGUGCUUUUUUUAUGAGGAGGACAAUAUAAUAGAAAAGACUAAGAAAUCAUAUUGCAUUUAUUCGGAUGUAUGCAAAGGAAAUGUGCAUUUGUAAAUUGUUCAGAUUUAAACAAGAUGUUAUUGUUUGUGAAAGAUACUCCAGAACAUACAACAAGAUAUGACACAACUGAAACUCACUGCAGUGUGAAAAUAUACAGUCAAACCCGUGGCAACGACACAUUCUGACUUACAAAGAAAUUGAAUUGUGGAUGUUACAAUAUUUGUUUAUAGUGAUCAACAAGCAGUUGCUAUGUAAAUGUUUAUGCUGCUGAAAGUUUUGACUUUUAUUGAAGUAUUUCACACGUGGAGGCCCAAUUAUUAAUUCUCAUUUGUUUUUGAGGCCUUGCUUGUCUGAAAGUUAUAUAAAUGUACAGAAUCAUUCAAAGAUCAAGCCUCAUUUCUUUUUCUUUUUUCGCUUUUUGAUAAAUGAGUCUUCAAUAGAUUUUGAAGUGGCUGGCAUUUGAUGUUUAUUCAUAAUAUGAGAGAUUGGCUAGAGUUGCAGGGUGGAUUGCUUCCCCUGAUUGCUUGCAUCCUUAUAACACAGAUUUAUAUGUUGUCACAGCAAAAAAGGUCAGGAUCUGCCAUUUUAACGUGGCUGGAUUACUAAAGCCAUUUUCACUAAAAUAUUCUUUGAAGUGUGUCAUUAUGCUAGAACUUGGAUGAGUGAAAUUGUUUUUGUAUGUUCUCUAUCAAUACACACAAAGACUUUUUGUACCAUUUCAUUUUAAUAUCUUGCUUCUAGAAAAUAAGAGGUUCGGUCUGUAGAUGACAGGUUGGCUGUAACAGAGUGUAAACGUUUGUAUUUGUGAAGUUAUGUACAAUGGUUAGCACCAUGUAAAUCAGUUAAAUUACUAUAAAACAUGUAGAUAUUGUAAGUUUAUAGUGUCUUAAAUUUUUUAAUUUUAUUGUCUUUUGUUUUUACAAAUAACUGUUGUUAAAGCAUUAUUGUUAAACGUUGCAUAUUUUCUCUGGUGUUUUGCUAGGGUUACUUUAUUCCACAUAAAUGUAGAAAAAUAAACUAUUGUCUCGCAGGUUAAGGUAGCAGAUACUUAUACUGAAAUAAGAUGAUAAAGUAAGUUAGCGGAUACCCAUACAAAUAUGUUUUAUAAAAAUUUGGGAUACAUAUAUGGAACUUACAAGGGGAGAAAUUCAGGAAAUAAACUGUGAUUUUAUAACAUUUAUUAGGGGUAUCUUACUACCUUAACCUGAUAGUGCUUUAAAUAGUGCCUAUGUACAUACAACUUUUUCUGAGUAUAAUGACUACUUAACAUUUACUCUUUUCUGGUUUGUACUAACUAAGAGGGCAGGUGCAUUAUUACAAGAAAUUGAAAUUGUAGAUAAUGUAAAGCCUUUUUAUAUGUAUGUGAGAUAGAAAGUUUUCAUGACCCCUAAACCUCUUACAACAGCGAGGUUGUAGCAUUUACAUUUUAUAACUUUUCAACAGACAUUGUUAACAACCUAGGUUACAGACAGAAAAGUACUUUAGAUGAAAAUAAAAGAUUUUCUUCCUGUAGGUGUGUUUUCAACCCUUGAAAUGUGUGUUGCAAAAUUGGAUUUGGGAUGAGAUAGGAGAGGGGGGAGUGUAGUGGGGAGGGUUAUAAAUAGGCUGUGAUUCUAGAAAUCUUUGUAGUCAUUGUUACAUUUUGUGUUUACAGGGUUUUCUAAAACUCAAAACAAGGCAGAUUGUGUUUUGCUAAACAAAGUACAUGUUUCAUAGUAUAAACCAGUAAAUUUCUGCUGUUAUUGCACAGGAUAGUCAAAACUGAUCUUAUAACAAAAAACAUAGUUCUUAUUGAUCUUACAGGUUAUAGUAAAUUCCCAGUGAUUCACUUUAUACUUCAUAAAUAUAUUUAGGAAUGAGGACACUUGUCUGGUGUUUUGAAUACAAUGCCUCUUCAUAUACAUACAUGUAUGUCCCUAGACACGUUUACAUAAUAAAUAACCAAAUUUUGUCAAGCUAGUGCCAUAAAUUUAAUACCCAUAUUGUACGUUUCAUACACAAUUUAUAGAAAAUACAGCAAAUAUAUGUAUAUUGUGUUUAAAAACAUUUUAUUCGAGAACAAGCAAGCUAAAACAUCAACAUUUCUAGUGUCAGCAGUACUCAAAAUAUGCUUAGUGCCUUUGGUUAAUUACCUCUUAAAAAGGCAUUGCUCAAACAUCCACGGCUUUAGAAUAUGAUGAAAGGUUUCUAUGGUAAGGUAUUUCAUAAUUUCUAGACAAUUGGUAAUAAUUUUUCACGGGAAAGGUAUACAUAUUGAAGCAAAUUACUUGAAUCCUAUUUUUUACAAACGGAUUAGUGUCCUGAUACAAUAUUUUGAACUAGGGCAGUGAUUCUGGUCAACAUUUUCCCCCAACUGUAAUAUAUAUGUAUUCAGAUAUAAAAGGAUAUUUAUGGAGAAUAUAUAUACAUAUACAAUAUAAAUUUUUAAGGCCAUAGCAUUUUACGUCCCAAAGUUACAUAGAGCAUAAGAAUUAUUGUACUUGUGUAAUAUAUAAGUCUUGUUAUCCAGUGUAUGUGUACUUAAAAGUACAUAUAAACUCUUUUAUAAAGUGCAAAGUUAUGAGUCUCAAAUUAGUCAUUUCAUAUAGAAUCGCUGCUUGAAUUGUAUGUUUAUAUAAUUAUUAUGUAAGUGUAGACGUUAUAUGUAAUAUCAGUGUACACGUGUAUGUUCAUUUUUUACGUGUAAGUCAUAAUUAAUUCAUUUUCUUUAUACAAUAUGAUUGGACAUUCUUUAAUCUACAUUAGUUAAUAUAAACAUAUACAAUUGAGUACACAGUUAUUUAUUUAUUACAUUAUUUUAGAGUUGAUAUGUUACCCAAUUUCUUUUUCUUCCCUGACAAUUAUUUAAACUAGGUUUAACUGUUAGUUGGAAAUGUUGCAGUUUUUAGGCAUUACCUUUGCCCCAACAAUGAUAAGAAUUUGCCAUGCACACUACUGAAGCUGAAAAUCAGAGAAGUUGAAUUGAAAACAAGUUCCUAUGUUGUAAAUCUAAAUUUGGAGACCAGUCUCAAAUCUCAUGCAUCUGAUUGGUUGUUUUUUAAUCAAAAUUUGAAAUUGACCAAUGGCAUAACUGCAUUCUUGACUGGUUCCAAACAAUAGAACUUGGGGACCCAUGUCUAGAAGUUGAUUCUCAAUAUUUUUUGUAAUCAGAGCUAACAAGAAAUUUUCACAGAUCAUGAAUUUCGUAUUUUCAGUGUUUAAUGCACUGCAAUUUUGUACAUGAUUUAACACAAACUGUAGGAUUAUUUCAGAAUUGCAAAGACACCCUAUACACUGUCAAUAUAACUGUUGUAUAUUUCACUGUUUCCUUUAUGUACUCUAUUUUCUAUGAACCAUAUGUGUUUCAAGCUUAUAGUAAGCCUAUGUACAUGCUGUGUCCAAUAAAAACAACAAAUUCUCAACAA